AUGUCAUGGAUAGACGAUGCCUCUUACCGCCCCCUCUAUUACGCCAGCCGACCUGGGGCUGUCGACCGUCCUUCUACUAUCACGUUAACCGCGCCUCCGGAGCAUAUUGAAGGGUGGCAAUCCCGAGCAGACCGUUAUAGGGAGAGUGGAGAUAUGGUUCGUGCCGAAGCAUAUCAGGCCGACAUUGAUAGGCUUGGUGAUCCCGAACAAUUACCUUGGGGUGACUUUUUACUUUCGUUUUCUCAAGAAAAACUUGACUUCAUUUAUUGGGAUACCCACUUCGGGCGGAACUACCUCUACGACUUCAACGUCAUGCCAGCCGACCUGAGCCCCACUGCGUACUACGAUUGGAAGUCCGUUGGUGUCCAAAUUUUUUCAGUUGACCCUUUUGGUAACAAGCGGGAGAUGGUUUGUUUUCGGGAAUUGGCAUUGACUGCCAUUGCAGGGCAGAAAUUGCUCGUUAAAUUCCCUGUGGAUAAUAAUGUGUCAGGAGUCUACGAGUCACGGCUCAUACAGUUGCAGUCGGAUGAACCUGUACCCAUAAUGGCCGCUUAUUAG